AUGAGUCUUUGCAGCUUUGUGAAACUGCCCCUUGCAAGCACUAUUGCCUGUGGGUGCAACAAGGCUGCAGAAAGCAACUCAAAGAAUGAAAAGGCGUGACUUCUGGAGGCUCAGGAGCUUCACGUGCGAUGUUCCUUGGACAGGCUCCUGCUUUUCCACGGUGGUGAUGGUCUCGUUCCGUAGCUAUCACCUUUCUUGAGGCAGGAAGAGUAAAACCUGGCAGCCAGAUAUUGUUUGAAGCAGGGGAAGCUCUUCCUGUCAGACACUGUCAGCUGUCACAGUAAUAUUUCUGAUUUUGUUUGUCCCCACUCAGCGCUGCUUUUAUUAUGGUUGAAACACAACUAGAGAUAUGAUAAAGAUGAUAAAUUAAGGCGAUCAAUUGCUGAUAAUACCAAGUUAGAAAAUAAGGCAUCUGUAAUUUCCGAGUCAAUUAUCUGUCUCAGCUAUACGUCUUCUCAAAACUCCUAUUGAAGCUGAGGCUACAUUUAUUGUCUUUCAGCCUUAUUAAUGUGCUGGUACUGCAGAUUAAAGUGCUGACUUCAUGUAAACAUUCUCUUGAAUGUGCAAAUUCACAUUUCGGAUCUGUCCAAUAAAAGUAUUGUGCUGUAUGAUGAGAUGGUCUAAUAUAUAGUGCAGUUUGCUUAAAUAUGAUUCGACCUUUCCAGUGCAUUAAAGAUGCAUUGGAAAGGCUGAAUCAGGAAAAGCACAGAAAUAAAAUGUAGGUCAGGGUAAAAAGCACACAGUGCAUUUCACAGCAUGUUUUACACAAGUUUCAGUGACUCAUUAAGGUUCAAAAUGAGGGUUUAGUUUCCUAUGAGGAUUUAAAGUUUAGUUUUCUUAAAUGAUUAAAAACUUUUAUUUUGUGUUUUAUUAUGUUAUAAAGUCAGUCCAUUAAAUGUCAUAUAUUUCCAAAAUAACAAAUGACUUGUGAUGUUGGUUACAGGUGAUGCAAGGUGAUUUAAGAGAUACAGAAGCUAAUGGAAGCUCAUUUGUUUGUCCAGUUUAACAGAGGAAUACAUGCAUCAGUCAAAAUAUCAGCCAGUAUAAAUCACAAAGAGGCGUUUGUAUGUGCGUUACUUGUUAUUGUAGUGCACCAUUUAAUAAACUGCCAUAAGUGAACAUUUAUAUAAUAAUGUUAUAUAUUUUUACCUGGUGUACCAAAUCAGAGGUUAACAUUUGCCUGUGCUGCAUUAGAUACUGAUGCAAGCUGUUGAUGAUAAGGCUUUGAUGGACAAUCAGUCUAAGAAGAGUGUUUAAGUGUUGGGAUUCAUUUAAAAAGCAGAAUUAAAAAUCUAUAAUCUGCAAAAACACUUUGCUAAAACUGUUUUUGAUGAGCAAACAUUGUACUUGAACUUCAGUCAAACCCUGCUCUACCUGUGCUCAUUCCAAGUUUAUGUCAGUCUUUCACUAUACUGUAUGAGCUGCCAGAAAGAUUUAUCACAGGCCUCACAACCUGUAACCUAACACAGGGAUCCCAGCGGAUUCCUUCAUUUUAAUGGUUAAGGAUCCCAGCACACUGUGCCGCCGCCUCCACAGACAGAAAUUUAUGAACCGCAGCCUGCCAAUGGGAUUCAGGCUGAGUUGUCUCAAGGGAGUGGAGCUGGAGUUCAUCAACACCUGAGAGGUAGGUUUUAGCGUGUUCAGGCAAGACACACUGCCUCACUUUGCAUUUUCUUCAUCCUUGUUCUGUAAGGACACUUCUGAGCAGCUAUAUUCGCUACAAGUGACUGACAAUUUUUCAAUGAGAAUGCAGGACAAGGCAAACUGGGAUUCACAAAAGAAAUCACUCGGAGAGAUCAGCUAUCAACAUGUGCAGAAACCUCAAGGUGAGAGGAAAGCAGUGCAGAAGAGAACCUUCACCAGGUGGAUGAAUGCGUUUCUGCAGAGAUGUGAUCCCCCAGUUGAAGUGCACGACCUGUUCAUAGACAUACAGGAUGGCAGAAUACUCAUGGCCCUGCUGGAGGAGCUAUCUGGGUGCAAACUACUUUACAGGUUCAGGUCGUCUUCUCACCGCAUUUUCCGACUGAACAACAUUUCCAAGGCCUUGGCGUUCUUAGAUGAUAGACACGUGAAGCUGGUUGGCAUUGAUGCCUCUGGUAUUGCUGAUGGCAUCCCUUCUGUUGUUCUUAACCUUGUCUGGAACAUCAUCCUGCACUUUCAGGUAAAGGAGGUGACGAGAGGACUCCAGAGGCAUUUGUCUUCUAGCCUCUCUUCCUUAUCAAUGAGCAGUUACCCCUCCUCCGGUGAUCUCUCACCCGAGCCAAAUGACAUUGGCAGCUACUCCUGCAGCACUCUGCCAAGCAAAGGCAGAGAGGCUGCCAGGGAGCCAAAGUACCAUGGGAAAGCAAUCAAGACUCUCCUGCAGUGGGUCCAAAGAUGCACAUCAAAAUUUGGGGUGGAGGUGCAUGACUUUGGGAAGAGCUGGAGAAGUGGGCUGGCAUUCCUAGUUAUGAUUAAGUCCAUAAACCCAGACUUGGUUGACCUGAGGGAGAGCUUGUCCAGAGAGCCAAGAGAAAACAUUGAACAGGCCUUUAUGAUAGCCCAUCACAGUUUGGAUAUACUACCUCUACUGGAGCCUGAAGAUGUGACCUGUGCUUCACCAGAUGAGCAGUCCAUUAUUACCUAUGUGUCUAUGUUCCUGGGGCGGUGUUCAGGCAUAGAUGAGGAUCACACAGCAGAUAUUGAAGUUCCUGGGAUCAAAUGUUUUGGAUCCCUUGAGUCAGUCAGCUUUGGAGGGACCCUCACUGACAAAGCAGAAGCUCAGGCAUUGCUCAGAAGUUUGGGGAAGAGCAGCGAGCAGCUACUGUGGAAAAGGUGGUCCAGAAGAUCAUCAGGGAGCCCCCGCGUCACUUCGCCUCACACGAACGGAGCAGUCACAUCUGACCUCUCCUCCAGUGACGGUGACAUCUUUUCCUCCUGUCGUAGCCAAAGAAUCACAGAGCAAACUGUGGGCAGCGCUGCCACCUCAUUCAACAAGAACAAAGGGAGAUGCAGAAUCAUUUUUCAGCCACCUAGUCCACUGGAUGCAGGUAUAGUCAGCCAGGAGAUCCGAUCGUGGAUGGAGAGAGGCUCAGAUCAGGUCGACAGCAAGCCAAGAGUGGGUGAGAGUCACUUUUCUUUGAGUUCAGAAGAAGGAAUAUACAACUUGCCAGCGCUCGACUCAGAUGAGGAGGAUGCCUACAGCUACAUCCUGGAUCUGAACAAAGAGGUUUUUCAACCAUAUAAUCAGCUGAAAAGACAAGUACCGAGAGUGGAAGAGGAGGCAGCGGAAGAAAUGAAAGAAGAAUCAAAACAUCCAGAUGUACGAGAGAUAAAUGGUAGAGGAUGGAAGCUCCAGGAAGGCUCCCUUGUAAAAACUGCAGAUUUUGAUCCAGAAUCUGAAGUCAGGGCUCAGUCAGUGGAUCACAGGAAGUUUAAUUGGGAGAAAACUGAAAGUAGUUUCAGAGAGAUGACAAACAAUAGACCUGUGUUUGACAUGGAGGCAAGGGAUGAAACAGGUGGAAAAGAGGAGCCUAAGGAGAAGAGAGAUAUUAGAGGACGAAUAAACGAUUAUGGUGAGGAAAUGAGGGAGAAGGAGAAGACAGAAAAUGUUAGAUUGGUAACACAUGGAUAUGAUAAAACAGAGGUUCCGGUAGAUGAAGCAGAGACAGCAAAGACUGUUGAAAUGGCUAGUUGGCAAAAGGAGGCAGAGGAAGACACUGACAGAGGGCUUUCUGUAAAAUGUGUGAACGUGAGUGAGAAGAGAGCAAUAGCCGAAGAGGAAGAAGGACAUUUGACAACAUUUGUGGAAUGGCAGGACAGGAAUAUAAAGAGAGGAGAGAGAGGAAAUCAACAAAGUGCUGUGACUUUAGAAGAUUUCGAGAUCGGAGUAAAUGAGAAAUCAUUACUUGACGAGGCUGUAUAUGAAGUCAGAGGCAGCGGUGCGGCUGGAGUUCACACCAAAAAAGAAAAUGAGAGGAGAGACACUGCCCCCAAAAUGGAAGAUGUAACCAAGAAUCGCAAAGUUGAAGACACAGAGAAAUACACUGAUGAAGUCGCAGAUUUUGAGGCAGUUACAGCAGCAGAGGAGAAAGACAGGGGAGUGAAGAUUCAGAAACGGAAAGCAACAGCCAAGAAGACCACAACGGGGCAUCUGGAACAAACUACCACAGAAAAUGACACUGAUGGAGGUGUUAACAUUCAUGCUGGUGAUAACAAUUGGACGUGUGCCUGCAGAGCAGCCUCUCACUCAUUCAGUGAGGGAGGAUUCAGUCUUCAGUCCUUAGCAGCCUCUUGUGACAUAAACCCAUUAGAGCUGGAAAUGCUCUUUGUCCUGUGGAUCCUACUCUACUGCUGCCUCAUCCUACCUCAAAUGAACCUCUAAGCCCCCCUGCAGUGAACUCUUCCCAUUAAGAUAUGCUUAUUAGCCCAGUUUGCACUAAUGAGCCAAAUGGGGACACUUAGGGCUGGGUUGACUCUUUAUCUGUUGCACUAAAUUUCCCUCAAGGCAACAUUUAAUGAUUAUGUUUGCUUCUUGCUGCCAGCAGAUAUAAUUUGUCACUUGGGCCAUAGUUUCAGAUAAACACAUAAAUACUGUUCUCUAUUGUUACGCAGAUUUUCAGCUCCUUGGUCUUGCACACAUUAUUAGACAUGAUUUGUGAGGUGUUUUUUUUUUUCGUGCUGAACUCACCACAAUACUCUGUUUAUUUGAUUUAUUUUUAUAAUAGCAGAAAUGCUCCACAUGGUGGCAUCGCAGCAUCACAGCUGCAACCGUCUCACAUGACAGACUGUCCAUACAUACAGCUUUCUGUUGACUGCUGAGGACUCCAUAGAGCCUGCUGUUUAAUUAGAAGCUGUAUUGACAUGGUGAGAUUAAGCUGAUAAUACUUAAUGAGCACUUUGACAUUUUGUGCACUCGCUCACGGAGCCACUUGUGGAUUAGAAUGUAUGCUGUUGCAUUGUUCUCCUCUCAGAUGCUGUGUGAUAGUUAACGUUUAGCAACAGUUCAGACUUUUCUCAGGGCAUUUUUAUGACCAUAUGAAUAGUAAUGAACAUACUUGUUCUGUAUCAUCUCCUGGUCCUUUUCACAUGAUGGAAUCAGGCAGUAACUACUGUAUUUAUGGGCACCACAGACACAUUAAGUACAUAUAUAAUGCCUUGGUUGGAAUAUCACUGUGUACACAUUUAAACUAGAGCAAAAUUGAAGUAUGCAUCAGUUGCAUAAGUGUUCAAAAUCCAUGUUUACCAGAAUGUGUAUUAAAGGGGGGACUGAGUAUGCUCUGUCCUUAACUGUUCACCAAAUACACACACACACACACACGCACACACACACACGCACACACACGCGCGCGCACACACACACACAC